GGGAGCGAGGCCGCGGCCGGCGGAAGUGGGCGGUUCGUUGGCGCCGGGCUCUGUUGUUUGGGGGCUUUUGGGAGGCUGCCGGAGGGGCGUUCUCCGGAGCGAGGGCCGCCGCUGCCGGUGCCGGUGCCGGUGCAGGCCGCCCGCUCGCGCCGCGGUAGCCGCCGCCGCCGCCAGCCCGGCCCGCCGCCCUUUGGCUCCGUGCGUGCGCUCGCGCGCUCCGCCCGUCCCCGCCAGGCCCCAACAUGGCGCAGGAGGUGUCCGAGUACCUGAGCCAGAACCCGCGGGUAGCCGCCUGGGUGGAGACGCUGCGCUGCGAGGGCGAGACGGACAAACACUGGCGCCACCGCCGGGAGUUCCUGCUCCGCAAUGCCGGGGACCUGGUCCCCGCGACGCCCGAGGAGGCCGCGGCUGCGGCCGCCGAGAGCGGGAUGCGCAGCCGGCAGCUCCAGCAACUCGUCUCCUUCUCCAUGGCCUGGGCCAACCACGUCUUCCUAGGGUGCCGGUACCCUCAAAAAGUUAUGGAUAAAAUUCUUAGUAUGGCUGAAGGCAUCAAAGUGACAGAUGCUCCAAUCCAUACCACACGAGACGAACUGGUUGCCAAGGUGAAGAAAAGAGGGAUAUCGAGUAGCAAUGAAGGGAUAGAAGAGCCAUCCAAAAAACGAGUCGUAGAAGGAAAAAACAAUUCUUCGGUUGAGCGAGAUCAUGGAAAGAAAUCUGCCAAAACAGAUCGUUCAUCGGCUCAGCAGGAGAACAGUUCAGCAUCCACAGGGUCGUCUACCAAAUCAGAGAGUAGUGGGGCCUCGGCUCGGAGCAGCUCUGGUGUCUCCAAUCAGAACAGCUCCACCAGUGAAGGAGAUCGAUCUGUCUGCAGCCAGAGCAGCAGCACUUCCUCUCAGGUAACAGCAGCAGCAGGGGCUGGAAAAGCUUCUGACCCAGAAGCUCCAGAUAAACACGGGUCAGCAUCACUUGUUUCUUCAUUGCUGAAAUCCAGUAUGAAUAGUCACGUGACCCAGUCCACUGACUCCAGGCAGCAGAGUGGAUCGCCUAAAAAGAGUGCUUUGGAAGGUUCUUCAGUCUCAGCUUCUCAGAGCAGCUCAGAGAUUGAGGUGCCCUUGUUGGGUUCCUCUGGAAGUUCAGAAGUAGAGUUGCCAUUACUGUCCUCUAAGUCUAGUUCAGAGACGGCUUCAAGUGGGUUAACAUCCAAAACAAGCUCAGAGGCAACUGUUUCGUCCUCCGCUUCUAAAAACAGUUCCUCAUCAGGCACCUCUUCACUGGCUCCCAAGAGCGGUUCAACAAAUUCAUCCCUGCUGACUUCCAAAAGCACUUCUCAGGUAGCUGCAUCACUGUUAGCUUCCAAAAGCAGCUCCCAGAGCAGUGGAUCCAUGGCUUCCAAGAGCACUUCCUUAGCGAGCGUGUCUCAGCUAGCUUCUAAGAGUAGCUCUCAGAGUAGCACUUCCCAGCUGCCUUCUAGAAGUGCCUCCCAGUCCAGUGAGAGUGCUGUCAAGUUCUGUCGAAAGCUGACCGCUGAGGAUGUAAAGCAGAAGCAGCCUUUCUUCAACAGACUGUACAAAACGGUGGCGUGGAAGUUAGUGGCUGUUGGUGGCUUCAGCCCCACUGUCAACCAUGGAGAGCUGCUAACUGCAGCCAUUGAGGCUCUGAAAGCAACCCUGGAUGUGUUUUUCGUCCCAUUAAAAGAACUGGCAGAUCUGCCUCAAAAUAAGAGCUCUCAAGAAAGUAUUGUUUGUGAAUUGAGGUGUAAGUCAGUGUAUUUGGGCACUGGCUGUGGAAAAAGUAAAGAAAAUGCAAAGGCGGUUGCUUCCAGAGAAGCACUGAAGUUAUUUCUCAAGAAGAAGGUGGUGGUAAAGAUAUGUAAAAGGAAGUACAGGGGCACUGAGGUGGAAGAUCUAGUGCUCCUUGAUGAAGAAUCGAGACCUGUAAACUUACCUCCAGCACUGAAACAUCCUCAAGAGUUACUGUAAUUUCUCCAAGUUAUCACUGCAUCCAGUAUCUGGUCUUUGAAGAGAAGAACUGGCUUUUAUAUAAUACAAGACACUGGCUUUCACAGAUUUUGUAUUGCUUUUUUCCAGUUUUGCAGAAAAUUUAAAUUCUAGUUCUCUUCACCGAAGUAGAAGUUGUAAAUAAUUUAUGAGUGACAGUACCUAUUAAAAGGCAUACAUUGACAGCAUACCAGUGUGCUGUUUUAUUUGCUGAGGAAAAUACUGUCUUCUAUUUUUAAUGAUAUAUUAGGUACGAUGUGUAGUUCUGUAGAAUCUCAAAAUUUUUGUACUACCAAUUUGGUGGAAAUGUAUUAAGUUGUCUACCAUGCUUUGUUUUGUUUUGUUUUUUUUUUCUCUAACUUGAUUAAAUCACAUGAAAGAAAAGGGGACCACAGUAUUUGAAUGUGAGAAAUCCUUAAAGCAAGGUUUUAAGAAUGUUGCUCAUAAUGUUGAACAUCUGUUAAAGAAUAAAAGGGAGUAGUUGCCUCAAAACUAUUUUCAUGAGGCAUUGUAAACUUUUUUUUUUAAAGAUACAAAACAGUAUAAAGUACUUACUGUUAUUUUAUUCUGAAGUUGUUUAAAAUCACCAUGAUUUUGACUGCUGCUGAUUCUUAAGCAGGUUAAUUUAUGUUUUAAGGUUAAAUGCAGUUUACACUUUCUUAAAACAUAAAUGUGGGUUUCUAUAUUAAACAUAUUUUGUGACUACUAAUAUUAACAGAUUGAUUUGUUUAGAUAUUAAAUGCUUUAAGCUAUUUUACCUUUUCAAGAAGUUGUGUUUUUUUUUUCCCCCUGCCCUGGAAUCAACCCAGUCUGACUUCUCCCUGCUAUUUAUAGUAAAGUACAAAAGCAAGUAGUUUUCAUAGUGAUACACAUUUUUAUGGGCAGGAAAUUAGAGCUUCUAUUAGAACCAGGUGGUUUUGUAUUUGCAGAUUUCAGAAGAAUGUGGAGAAGACUAGAGAGCCAUGGUCAGUUCUUAAUGAUUGUAGUCAUGUGAAUUGCAUCUGUUGGUAAUGAAGUAGACUUGUCUUAGGUGAUUUUACUAAUCUGGUGUGCUUGAUUUUUUUUUUUUUAAAAGUCUGGUCUAAGGUGUUUGAUCUUAUUGGCUUUGGCUUUCUAGGUGUUGCACACUGAACAGUAAUGGUGAUAAUGUACAGAAAAGAAAGGGGAUCUCAGAGUUUACUAGUUGUACUGGAAUCCGAUGGUUGAAAAUAAGCACAAUUUAAGUGUGUAAAAAUUACUUUGUAGUUUAGGAAUAAUAAAGAUGCUUAGUUUCCUGUGCUUGAACUGAAAUAAUCAGGGACAUUUGUAUUUUGCCAGAUAACCUUUUAAAAUUGUUUUUUGGGGAUGGCUCAUUGGAUACCAGAGCAAAAUCUAUAUUCUGUAAGUGGGCUAUCUUUAUAUAUUGUGGAGAGCAAUAACAUAAGUAAAUUGUAAAAACACCUUCGAGUUUCUUCUGUGCUGUAUUUUGUGAACCAAUGCUUACCAGAAAAGUGAGCCAAAUAUUAGAAUAAAUACAUGUCUGAAAUACA